CAGACAAACGCCUCUCCCAGUGACCAGUCUCGACACGAAAACUCAUCAGCCGAGCUUCCUCGGCUUCCACACGACGACACAGAGAGAAGGAGAAUAUAUUUCUUCGGGCGUAUAUACCGGAAUAUCUUGCCAAUUAGGGAUUGACGUUUCGCGUUAAAUCUAUCGCACGUCGUUUUCUCAGGAUGUCGCAGCAGAUUCUUCCACUCGUCCUGGUACUCUUGGUUGCACAGGGCUCGUUGGGCCAGAAGCAGCAACAGGAGGAUCCAUGCCAGACAAAAUCGCGGGUGGUGGGUGAUGCCGAAUAUUGCGAUCGCUAUUGGGAGUGCGUGAACGGUCGUCCGGAGUUGUUCGACUGUCCAAAUGGUCUCGUGUUCGCCGGCAAGCAUCGUGGCGUCACCGAGGGUUGCGAUUAUCCCUGGCGCGCGAACUAUUGCGAUGGCAAACGCCAGGCGAAUCCACCGAUCCCGACGGAGCAUUGCGACUGGUUGUAUGGAAUCUUUGGCCACGAGACUUCCUGCACCAGGUAUUGGACCUGCUGGAACGGCACAGCCACCGAGCAGCUUUGCAUAGGCGGUUUGCUUUACAACGAACGGGCUAGAUCCUGCGACUGGCCUGAAAAUGUCGAGGGAUGUCAGAAGCAUCCACUCUGCAACGACGACGCCAACGGCAACGUGCCGCUGGGCAAAUCGUGCAAUCGUUAUUGGCAAUGCCAGGGUGGUUACCCGCGAUUGCAACGUUGCCCGGCCAUGCUGGUGUUCGACAGACGGUCGUUGAGGUGCGUGGUACCACCGACGGAGGAUUGCGACGUUCCCACGACACCGCCGCCUACCGAAGGUGAGCUGUCCGAGGGUCGCAACGAGCAGGAACCCGAAGAGGAGAACCUGCCGCCUGGUGUGCCGCCUCUGCCGUCGGGCGCCUUGCCGAUUCCCCUGCGGGCACGCGCCAGAAACUAAAAUCGCGACAGCCCCUAUCCGGCCGCGAAGAAUGAAGAAAAGCGCCAGGAGGUCCCUUCUCGACGAGCGAGAUCCCGGAGAACGUCGAUCGGUACGGAGGACUCGAGAAAUUCUCUUCUCGUCGAGUCUCCCCAGAUUCUCGUGCGCGAUCUUGCAGUUCCGUAAUUUCGUAAUUCUAGAAUUCACGUAGGAUCGAAUUUUCUUCAAAACUCAUUUGAUUGUCAUUUUGUUGAAGUUUCAGAAAAAUCGAAGAGAGUCCCACGAUUCCUCAGGAAAACAUUCCGGAUAAAAUCUUUCAUCUUCGCUGUAGAUUUAAUAUUCAGAUAGAAAUAUGAAAUUUAAAUUUAAGUAAAAGUUCGAGAGAUGGCAAUCACAUAUAAUUGUAUGAUGCGAUUCUUUCCAAUUGAUGAGCAACGAAUUUCAAUUUAUUCAUGAAUUAAUGCAUUGAUGAAAAAUUUAUUUAAUUAAUUUAAGAUCUGAGGUAACAUUCACACAUUGAAUAGAACUUUCUAAUUAUUUAAAUACAAAAGAUAAAGUUCUCAAUAAGGUUCUCAAAGACAAUUAAAUAUUUUAGAAAGACUGAAAUAAAAUCAAACAAGCAUGAUAAAGUUUGAUCUUAAAGUUUUGAUUCUAAAAAACUCAAACAAAGAAUAAAAGAGUUUCAUAAAAGAGAAAGUAUCAUAAAAAUAUUAAACACGACGUAAAUUUUAAAGAAAAAGAAAUAUUGAAUAAAUUUUUACAAAUUCAACAAAAUGUGCACAAAUGCAGGGUUGUUAUUUAAGAAGUGUAAUUAGACUAAAAAAGAGGAAACAUUUUCAAGGACCGAGACUCGUCGAUCGAUCCAUCGACCCGUGCAUGUCUUUGACCGAUCGAGCUCUCCUUCCCCUUCAAUGGGGAUUCGUAUUAUUAUUAUUAUUAUUAUUAUUAAUAAUGAUGUUAAUUAUAAUGAAUAUCUCGUUUUUCGAUCCCUGGAUUGCUCACCAUUCACCUCUAUCACAUCGGUCGAGAUGUAAAUAUUUUCCCUGUUCCCUCACUCUCUUUUUCUCCCCCUGCGUCCCGCCCUUCUUCACCCCCGCGCUCUUGUAAUCGUAAGACUCGUACCACGUAUAUGUAGAUCGAUUGAAAUAAACUGUACGUUGUAUAUUUUUUA